AUGACCGCUCCAGCGCAGUGCCAGCAGGUAGCGUACUGCUGCGUCGCAGUGCCUGUAGCCAUGCUGCCGCAGGGCUUUCCGGGCACGGAUGGUAGUAUGGUGAGUAUGGUGGUCAAUCAAGGCCACAUGGGAGUGCAUCACCCGCAGCAGAUGGAAGGCUUCCAGAUGGGCCACGGCUGUUACCCGGUGAUGAACCCAAGUGCGUCUCAGAUGGGCAUCGUGACCCCGAUGGGACAAAUGCAGUCGAUGAUGGGACCAAGCAACCCAGAAGCCGAUGCGUUGGAAGCAGCGCCAGCAGCCCCAGCCGCAGAGGUUGAGAGAGCCAAUGCCAGAAAGCGUUUGAUCAACCAAAAGAAAGCCUGGCCAAUCGUGUCGCAGCCUGCCAUGGAAGCAGCGAUCGAGCCGGCACCUGCCCAGCCUCAAGAAGUCAAGACAGUCAAGGCCAGAAAGCGCUUGAUCAACCAAAAGAAACCGACGCCUGCAGUGCAGAAGUCGGAUUCGGACAGCGUGCCCAGUGCCUCCAGCCGGCCACCUAUUCCGCCGGACGGUCUGGAGGAAUUCCCAACUUUGGCUGAGAGUCGCUUAAGGGGUCGGAUGGGAGGUCGAGACGUUUGCCAUCCUUUGACCCUUCCUGGGCAGGUUUACAGUUCCACCAUCAAGGCCUUGAAUUUGUCACCCACAGCCAAAGAGGCCACAGCUGCCAAAGCACCAAAGCGGCUCCAAUUGGCACCCUUGCGGGGUGAGGUGAAUCAGAAGCCUGUGUCAAAGGUGCUUGGACCUUCGCCCGUGCCAGUUUCUCCACAGUCGAUGAAUUCCGCGGCGUCUUCGCCCAAGUUGCUGAACAUUGAGCUGGACGGCGGUGCCUCUGACGUGAUGGAGGAGCCAGUGAUUGAGGCGGCUGUGUGCGAGCAGGAUGUCAACGUGGUUUUCAGCAGAGACGCCAUGCUCCGAAUCUAUCGGCAGAUGCACUCCGCUCGGGCCCUGCGCUUUGCUCCGCCCGGAGCACGCUGGACGCUUCGCACGGAGGACGCUUCGAGGAGCACGGAUCCAACGGUUCCCAAGGAAGCUUGUGAUCGAGCAAUCUUUGGCACCCGCAAGAAGACCAGGGGUGGUCCAAAGGAGGAGUUGCACUUGCCUCCACUAUCGGAGAAUGCUUGGAAGAAGGAGGCACCGGUGGAUCGGAAGGAAGAGCUUCAACGCAAUGUUCGAAGCUUUUUGGGCAAGAUCGGCCACAUGCUGGACAGCGAGCUGGAGGAUUUCGUGGAGCCUUUGGCCAGCAACAGGCCCGACACCGUGGAGGAGCUCAAGGCAGUCGCCAGCACCAUGUUCGAAGUUGUUCUCCGUGGACCUUCCUACUGCAAGAUCUAUCUUGACGUGAUCGUCUCCCUCCAAGGAAUGUUCCCUGAGUUCACCGAGCUUGAGCAGCCCGUGACCUUGGCUGACGAUUUGCGGAGAAGGUGUAUGGAAGAGUUUGAUGCCAUGCCUACAAGCUUCGACGCUUCAUCCGAGGAGUUGCAGAUGAAGCUGAAUCGCGAAAAGGGCCUGAUGAAGGCCAACAUGAUUUUCAUGGGCCACCUCUUCUUGCGCCAGCUUCUGGACCUCAAGGCCGUUGAGCAAGUGGUCCAUGAUCUGCUCAGCGCAUCUGUGGACGUCCUGGCGAAAGCAGAGCACAAGAUUGAGUUUGCUUGCGAGCUCUUGAAGGCCAUUGGCGAUGGAACCCGUGGAAAGAAGAAGUUGUUGCGCUGGUUCAAGGUCUUGAAGGAUCUUCAACAAGCGGAGGACCUGUCGAAGCGCAUCCGGACCGUGAUCGUGGACCUUCUGGAUUUGAAGAAGAACAACUGGCCGCAACCGUUGGAGACCAUUCCGAAGGCUCCCAAGAAGGAAGAGGACAAGGUGGUCAAGAUGUACCAGUACUUCAGAGACGACAAAGAUGGCAGCUUAUUGGAAGAAGACUGGAAGAACGCCAAGUUCAGCACAGAUGACUCCAAAGAAGCGAUCGUGAAGUUGGUGAAGUUGGUCUUCAAGCAGGAGAAGGUCAAAGAGCGUGAAGCCGUUGCCCUGUUGCUGGCAGAGUUGAUUGCCCGACAGCUCGUCUCAUGUGAUGCCCUCCAGGAGGUGUUGCAGCUGCUCAUCGCACCCCUGGAGACCUGGAGAAAGGAGGAGUUGCGCGAGGACAUUUUUGGCCGGACGCUCCUGAGACGAGUGCGUUCCGCGCAGUGGCCCUGACAGUGGCUGUGUGAAAGAGCAGCUUUGGUGCUUUGCUUGGCAGGACGGCCCAUGUACAGAAGUCCUCCGCCGCUCCCGCUGUUUAGUCCAUGUUUAGUACUCUAGGGCUCCAGCCGUACCUCCCAACCCUCGGACCCUCCUGGCACACUGGUCCCAGCUUCCUAGAAUGUACGACUGGAGCCCUAGGGAAUUGCAAGUUGCUGAGCCUCCUCAUGGCGCCAUUUUGUCCACACUCACGCGGUGUACAGGGAAAGUCGUGGGUGGCUGAAUCACUGAAGGGUCUGCUCAGGGAUUGUUGGCUUCUAUUCUGCCU